AUGAGCCUAAUAUUUUUCAACCAGGAUCCCUUGGAAAACUUCUUCGGAAAAGUUCGCCAAAAAGGAAAGAGAUAUGUCAACCCAACAUGUGAAGCUUUCACACCGUAUUUUAAAAGUCUCCUAGUUAAUAACUUAUCUGGAAAUCAUUCAAUUGGCGCAAACUGCAAAGAUGAUGAAUUGAUUGAUCAGGAAAAUAAUGAUGAGGAAGAGUCACACCUUGGACCAUUCACAGCCCUGCCUGAAGCCUUAUUGAGAGGAAAUAAUUCAAGAAAGAUGGAGAAACAAUCUUUGAAUUAUGUAAUGGAAUAUAUUCUGAAAACCUUAUUGAAAGAUAAAAGAAUCAAAUAUUGUGAAACUUGUAGGCAUGCUGUAAUUGCAAGUGAUGAAGAGAAGAAUUCUCUGGAAAAUGAAUUUAUAAGGGCAAAAGAAUAUGACAAUAUAAAGUACAGGUUGCAGUAUGUGAAUGAGAAUAGCGACACUUCCAAGAAGAACAGAAACCCCCUGAACAGCAAAUUGAUAAUAUGGAGUGCUACAAAAAUAGAACUUGCUGAAAUUCAGAAGGCUGCUUCUAUGGAAGAUCAUCAGCUCAAACUCAAGCAUUUGCAACCACCGGAAGAAAAUUUUGACUUUGAACCAAUUAUAUCACCUGAACGAACUUUGGACCAAGGAAAUGACAACUUGGAUUCUGAAGAAGAUCAGGACUUGGAAAUUGCUAUUCAGGAAGGCUUGAAAGAAACAUCUCCACCUACUCUGAAAAGCAUCUUAGAAGAACUGUCCAGUAAUAUAUUACAAGAUUCGUGUACUAUAUUGAAUAUCACAAGAUCAGAAUUAUUUAUUGGUGCUAUCAGAGCUAUGAGCAGAAAAUCUUUUAAUCAUCGGAAGAUUCCUUCUGUAAUGUUCACUGACGACUUUGGGGAAUCUGAAGGUGCUAUCGAUUCCGGAGGUCCUAGAAGGGAAUUUUUUAGGCUUGUUCUCAAGGAACUGCAGGACAGCAUUCUGUUUGAAGGAGUGUUAACGUUCGUAACUCUCCAUAGAAAACUACCAGCAAUCCAACAAAUGGUAGAGAGUUUGAGAACACUCGACAUUUAUGACAAAAUGCAAAAGCAUCCAGAUAUCUCUGAAGAAGCAUUCUGUUACAAAGAAAUGAAGCUAACGAGCAGAGCAUUCAAUGAUAUGAUAUUUUUCGAUUUAAGUGAGACUGGGUCUAACAAACGUGAAAUCGAAAAUAAAACACUAUAUGGGCAUGUAUUGGGAGCUCUUGAUGUCAAUGAUGAAUAUUUCAAAUCCCUUAUCCCUAGCUAUGGUGAUAGAAUAGCCAUUAAAACAUAUUCUAGUAAGGGUAAUUUUGAUAAAAAACAAAUUUUGCUUACAAGAUUGAAACACAAAUUCAACCGAAAAAAGUACCCUGCUAGUGACAUUGAAGAAAAUGAAAAUCCAAGGAAAGCUCCAAAUGCAAUGAAAAAUACUAGAAAAAUUGAAAUGGGUUGGAUACAUUAUGAAAAUGGUCGUUUCCAGCAGGUUCGCACAGCAAGUGGUGGGGGUACGAGAAAAAUGACUGCUUUAAAAACUGAUAAGAAAGCAGAUUUGCUGAAAGCGGCAGUGGACAUAUUCUUUUCUGAUGGCAAAAGCCCUAAAGGAAAACUUUUCGAAUUUCAAGAUAUGUUCAAGCUAUUCAAAAUGCCCAAUAUGCGUUUUUACUUAUCUACCAGUCGAAUUCCAUCUACAGUUACUAGCAGUUCAGUAUGUGAGAAUACUUCUGAGAGCGAUAAUUUUCAAUCAUCUUAUAAUCCCAGGUCUGAUGAUAAUAUAAAUGAAAACUCCUCGAGUGCCAUGUAUCAAAGUAGUGAAAGAAUAUACUCACAAGAUGUUAAUGAUGAUUGUUUCAUUGAAGGAAACCAUGAAUGCCAUGAUAUAGAAAUAACUGACCAUAUUGGUGUGCCACCGGAUAAAAAUUUUGACUCUGAACCAAUUAUAUCACCUGAACGAACUUUGGACCAAGGAAAUGACAACUUGGAUUCUGAAGAAGAUCAGGACUUGGAAAUUGCUAUUCAGGAAAGCUUGAAAGAAACAUCUCCACCUACUCUGAAAAGCAUCUUAGAAGAACUGUUCAGUAAUAUAUUACAAGAUUCGUGUACUAUAUUGGAUAUCACAAGAUCAGAAUUAUUUAUUGGUGCUAUCAGAGCUAUGAGCAGAAAAUCUUUUCAUCAUCGGAAGAUUCCUUCUGUAAUGUUCACUGACGACUUUGGGGAAUCUGAAGGUGCUAUCGAUUCCGGAGGUCCUAGAAGGGAAUUUUUUAGGCUUGUUCUCAAGGAACUGCAGGACAGCAUUCUGUUUGAAGGAGUGAUAACGUUCGUAACUCUCCAUAGAAAACUACCAGCAAUCCAACAAAUGGUAGAGGGUUUGAGAACACUCGACAUUUAUGACAAAAUGAAAAAGCAUCCAGAUAUCUUUGAAGAACAUUCUGUUACAAAGAAAUGA